UUUUGCAAUCAAGUUCAACACGAGUAGGUAUAGAAAAUUAGGCCAAAAGCGUGUAUCGCCAAGUUGCAUGUUUACUGCGCUCCGAGCUGCGGUAAUCGAUGAGAAAAGUAUACACAAAUUCCCGCCACACAUCGAAUAACUUAGCAACCUAUCUGAAUCAACAACAAUGAAAAUAUUUUACGCGCUAAAAACGUCCACCGUCUGUCAUACGGAUGCGAAAUGAUUUCCACUCAUACCGAUACGGAAAACGAUUGGAGAAUUUUUAAAAUACUUUGUACCGAUACGUCCUCCUCGACAAAGAUGUCGAACGAAGAUUUAAGAAUACACGACGUCACCACGAGCCUUCGAAGUGAAUUAGCAGCAUUACAGUAUAAAAGAGAUCGUUUACUAAAUGAGCUUUCAGACGUGCAAACCCAACUGAAAUCGCGCGAACAACGCGUCCUCGAACUUCAAACAGAAACAGAGCAGCUGAAAGAGCAAGCAGCUCGACAAAAUUCCAUCAUCACCAGUUUACGUAAUCGAGUUCAAGAAUUGGAAGAACGAGAGCGUACCUUAAACAAUGCCCUAACGCGUACGGAAAUGUCGGUGGAAACGCUAACUCGAGAGAAUCGUUACCAAAAUGAAAAAAUCAAAGAAAUGGAGAUGAAAAUUAAUCACCUCGAUAUGGAGCGUAGCUCCGAAGAACAGAAUAAAAAGUACACGCAGAGGAACAUGAUUGAUGUUGUUAAGCGUUUAGCUACCGCUUUGGGCGCUGAACCAACAGAAUUUACUGCCGUUGAAACCGUCUCUCAUAAGGCUUCCGAUCUAAUUCAAGACGUCUCCAUGUUAAGAACGAAAACCUUCAGUUUGACCGAUAAUCUGACCACCGUCGAAAUGGAACUUCGUAAUUGCAGGGAACAAUUGGAAAAAACUAUCUCCGAACGGGAAAGCUUGAAAAGACAAACGACAACGUAUAUCAUAGAAAUCGAUAGAUUAAAACAGGAUAAAGAAGCAUUGGAAACCAAGCAAAGAGUACUCGAAAGAGAGCUAUCCGAGUUGAAAGAUAAACUACAGAUAAUGACCAGAACUCUGAACAAUGCCACUACCGAUAUUUCAUCUCAAGAAACAGCCAUCGACUCGUUGAAAAAUGACGUGAAGAAAAAAGAAGAAAAAAUCCAAGAAGUGCAAAACGAGCUGACGCAUUUACUAGAAACACUCGCCAUAAUUACCAGUACUCCGACGCAUUUCGUCGAACCUCAAAUUCACACAAUAAAAGACCGGGUUAAACAAAUCGUCCACGACAUUAAAGAAAAAACAAUAGAAUUGGAAGAUUUAAGAACAAAAUAUACAUGUUUAUCGCAACAAAGCACUUAUGACAGCGAAUUAAGGAUACAAGAAAAAGCACGUUUGAAAUCGCUAGAAGAAGAAAAAUCGUUGCUCGAGACACGAUUGCAUAAAACCGAAUCGGAGUUGACGUCUUGCGAAAUUAUUAAAGAAAAUUUAAAACGUGAUAAAGUCAUAUUUGUCACAUUUCUCGAUCGUUUAUCACGAAUUUUAAACAUGGACGAGAUAUCAAAAGAAGUCGGAAUCGAGCUUCAUACAGAAUCCAUACUUUUACGUACAGAACAAUUGGCAAAACUCGAAAGUGGAAAAACCAUCGACAAACUAUUAAACUAUUACCCGUAUAUACCGAGUACCAGAUUUCGAAGAGAAAAAACAACGAUUGACCCUCAUUGCUGCGACUCAGCGGUUGUUUAUCAACUUCAAAAGAGAAUCAGAACGUUAAGGGAACAAUUACAACGAAGAGAUCUGCAUUUAGAUUUAUUACGUAAAAAGAUUAAUUUACAAGAAGAAAAUACGCGAGUACGAUCGCUUCUGGAAGCCGAAAAAGAAGAAGCUAACCUUAGGGUGAAAAAACUACAAAAACAAAACGAUAAGUUACAACUGCAGCUGACCGAAGCCAGGGCUGUAGCACGUGAUUUGAGGAAUCAGUUGAACGAAGCCGAUGAAUUUAAGACCAGGUCGAUUGAACGAGGGCAAAAAAUAGAAGAAUUACAAAAACGUUUAACCGAAUCCGAAACACUCAGGAUAAGAUACCUCGAAAAACUGACUACCUUGAAAGAGCAGCUACGAAUUACCUCAGAAACCGGCGACCAAGACAGAACGAUGAACGAGCACACCAUAAAACUCCUAAAAGAAGAUUUAAUCAACGUAAAACAAAGUUUAUCGGAAUGCCAGCGAGCCGAGCACAUGCUUUCAGAUUUACGCAGAUCCGUUGUCAGUUUACUAGGACUCGACAGCACUUGUCCAGAUUACGAGAUAGUCUCCAAACUAUCUAAAUUAAUCAACGCUCAUCGAGAGUACACUUUAGUUACCAAAAGGUACGAUGAUCCUUUACCCAUGGCCGGAGCCAUCAGUCCUCGAUAUGGUACGUUAGAUCAUUCGGUUGGCAAUCGUUAUCUCACCUAUGAUUCCAAAUACUACGAUGCUCUUUUGGACGAUGUCGAUGCUAGUAUAAAUGCUGCAUCCAAUAAAAGACCCACUAAGAAUUUCUGAGACAAGAUCAACCGAAACGAUCUUCACGCGUAAUCAUUCGAAGGAUGUGAUCCUCGUCGAAAUGAAACAACAAUUUGCGAGCAGAAUAAAAGAGAUUGAUACGUAUUUUAACGUCGCGUCGUCCAAAUCAAAAUUACAUACCUACGUACGAGUCGUUGUUAAGCAGUGUUCACUUUUUAUUUCCUUUAAAUUUCGUCCGUUAAAUAUUUAUGGUACUUAAAUAUACCUAGUUGAAAUGUUAGAUUAUUAUGUAACUUUGUUAAUAUUAUAUUGUUACUUAUACUUCUUGGAA